AUGCAUUCCCGGAGUCUAGUUUUCCGGCAUUCCGGCGACUGUCACCUCGCCAGACUGCCAUCUUCCCAAGGGGUUCCGUCGAGCGCUCCUCUCGUGGUCGCUCAGCCGCGAGGCUUAGAAGCUGACACAACUGCGGGCGUCCCAGCCAUACCACCGUCGGCUGUACCGCAACAGACACGACGGACUCGCUUUGUCUGCAUCUCAGACACCCACAACUGCACAGUCAAGCUACCAAAAGGCGACGUGCUCAUCCACUGCGGAGAUCUGACGAACCAGGGCAGCUUCAGCGAGCUCUCCAAACAAGUCCGGUGGCUUGAGAAAGCCGACUUCGAGUGCAAGCUUGUUAUCGCGGGGAAUCACGACCUCACCCUCGACACCGCCUUCUACGAGCAAUUCGGCGCCUACUUCCACAACAACGCACCGCAGAAUCCCAUCAACUGCCAGGACCUGUUCACCAAGUCCAACUCCCUGACUUACCUCCUUCACGGGAGCCGAACGAUCAAGCUUGCCUCCCCGUCCGGUCCGCACACCACGUUCUCCGUUUUCGGGUCGCCCUAUACUCCCGAGUACGGCCAAUGGGCUUUCCAAUACAGUCGAAAGGGAUCCGCUGGUGAUGAGAUCUGGAAGGACAUACCACUCGACACUGACAUACUGGUCACUCAUGGCCCAGCACAUACACACACGGACGAGGCCAAAAACCGAGCGGCUGCGGGCUGCGAGAGUCUAAGGCAAGCCAUGUGGCGGGUGCGCCCUCGACUCGCGCUUUGCGGACACAUUCACGAGGCGAGAGGCGUUGAGCGCGUACGAUGGGAUCUCGACAGCAAGUCAGUCAAAUACAAAGAGCUAAGCGACGUAUUUGAAUGGCUAGACCCUGGAGAAGGCAACAACAAGAACAGUUUGGCCGACCUGACGGCUAAGGGCGGGAGGCCUUUAGAAAACGAUGGCCACAGAGCACCAGCAGACACACCACAGACAUCUUGGACCUCGCAUGCUACCGGGAUGGAAUGCGGUGGGGACAAAGGGGUGAGUCCCGGCAUUGGUACUCGGGGCCUUAGCGGGAGCCCGGAGUCUGCGCGCAGCGAUCAGGCGGCGUUGGCCGGGCGGCUGGGUCGGAAGGAGACGUGUAUCGUCAACUGCGCCAUCCAGUCGACCGGAUACCCUCACUCGGGACCGCGCAGACUCAACAAGCCCAUCGUCGUCGAUCUGGACUUGCCCGUCUGGGAAGAUGACUUCCCUUGUCCAUCGUGA